CAUCAGCGCAUGAGCGUACUGCAGGCGCUCUCAAUGCUGCCCUGCCUGCGUCCCUUCCUGUGUACCUGCAGGGCUCCAGUGACCUGCCCACCAACAAUGCUGUCUUCCGCGUCUUCUCGCCCUUCAAAUACAGCCCGCUGUACACGAGCAUCGCGGUGGGGUCGCCUGCGCGUGCUGUGGUGGUGUUGGUGGAUACGCUCUCCAGCCUUUCCUGGCUGCUCUGCCACUGCGCCCCCUCCUCCUAUCCUGCGCCCUCCGACAUCCUCCAGAACCGCACAGUCUUUGAGCCUUCCUCCUCUGCCACAUCACGCCCUGUGCCCUGCAACUCCCCCUCCUGCCCUCAAGCCUCCAUGUUCUCCUGCAACAGCAGCAGCAGCAGCAGCAGUACUGGUGCUGCACCCACACCAUCAACACCACUAUCAUCAUCGCCAGCAUCAGCACCAGCUGCACCACCAGCUGCAGCUGCUGCAGCAACGGCGACAGCAGGCGGCGUGUGCACGUUCAACCCCACCAGCGGCAGUGCAGCGGGUGGCAGUGCAGGGCCACUCAUCUCGGACCUGCUUUCUCUGCUCUCCACCAACUCCUCACUGCGACGCGCACGAGUCACCUUUGGCUGCAGCGGCAGCAGCAGCAGUGACCCAGCAACGGACAUUGGUGUGGAUGGCGUGUUGGCCCUGGGAGCCCGCGCCUUCUCCAUCCCUGCCCAGCUUGCCUCCCCCACCGCUGCCAUCAGUGCGCCAGCUCCUCUGCCUGGAGGAUCAGCCAUGACCACAGCCUCCCUGCUGUCAUUGGCUGUAGGCGCAGCGGCUGGGGGAGCAGCAGCAGGACAGGCAAUACCAUCAGCAGAAGCAGCCGCCUCAACAGCAGCAGAGGCUGCAUCGCCGCCUCUGCCGCUGUCCUUCUCACUGUGCUUCGACAGCGGCACUGCCCAGGGAGCGCUGGUGCUAGGUGACCCUCCGCACCCCGGCAAGCUCAAAACCACCUCCUUCAUGCUCGCUGCUAACAGUUCGCGCUACUACCUGAACGUGACGCAGGUGCGAGUGGGCAGCACACCCCUGCCAGCCAGCGCAGCACUGGGCAGCAUCAGAGCGGAUGCGAGGGGGGGAGUGGUGGUGGACACCACCUUCCCCUACCUCGCCCUGCGCCCCCCCCUGCUGCAGCAGCUAGUGGACCUUGUCUUCUCACAACCUCAACUUGUUCGACAAGAUGUCGAUGGCUUCGCCUGCGCAUCUGUUCCCAUCAGCAAGGCCACGAACGAGACGUUCCCCCCGGUGGUGUUGGAAUUUCCAGACACCAGCUACUACGUGCAUCCCUCCACUUACCUCAUGCUUGACGGGGCCACAGCAGCCAACCUGCUGCUGUGCCUGGCAGCCGUGCCUCUGCCAGAUGACUCCGUGCACGAUGCAUAUCUGGGCACGCAAUGGCUAGCAGACCACUAUCUAUGGUUCGACCUCACGUCUCAGAAGAUGCACUUUAGAUCCCUCAACUGUACCACCUGGGAUUAUCUCAACUCCACAUUGCCCCCUACACCCCCUCCUGCUGCUGCACCCUCCACUGCACCUGCUCCUUCCCCUCUCAUCCAACCUCCUGCCACUGCCCCGGCUGAACCGCCUGCCACAGCCCCCACUCAACCCUUUGCCUCUCCGCCCACACAACCUCCUGCCAUUUCCCCAACUCAACCUCCCACGCCCAACCUAACUCAACCUCCCGCCACCCCGCCCAAUCAACCUCCUGCCAUUCCCCCUUCCUCUCCGGCCUCUCCCGCCCCGUCUGCAUCAGCGCCAUCCCUUCAAUCCUCCGCUCCUCUACUGUCUCCCCCAACCUCUCCUCCUCAACCAAGCCUGUCCAGUGGUGGUGGCAGCAGCAACGAUGGUAGUGGUGGCAGUAAUAACAGUGUCGGUAGCAGCAGCGGCAGCAACAGCACGGGAACGACAAAAUCAG